AUGAAUCAGUUGGAAUUAUGUCCUAAAGUGCUUUCAUUGUGGAGAUAUAAGACCACAAAGUGUCCGCUUUUUGAGACUACAAUGUGUCCGCUUUUUGAGACUACAAAAGUCUAUGCUGCCAUAGGGACUUUGCUAGCUUUGGCUCCAUCCUCUCCAGACGCUCCGGAUGAAGAUUCAGAGUAUGAGGCUGAAUUCACGUCGGAGCAAGCUAACGAGGUCACCUGCAAUCGCUGCUCGAGGGUGUUUCCUUUGGGUACGAAGUUGAGAUUAGUGCACAGCAAGAAGAACGGACAAUCCGACCGGUUUUUCUGUCCCGAGUGUUUUGAGUAUUAUCGAAGCAAAGGAACUACCGUCCGUCGGACUCAGGGCAGUAGCAAUCGAGCUCCUUCUGCGCUUUUCGAACCUGGCGCACAUCCAUUCAACGGAAAAUUUGAAUGUCACUCAGCGGUCCGUCAACAAGUUGCGGCAGCGCAGCGUAUUGUGGGGGAGAUCUCUCAGCACAUGGGGCAGGUCAACCUCAACGUGAAUCACGGUGCAUCCUCGCGGAAAUCGAUUAUCCAACACAACAAGAAGACUCCUAAACCCUCUGGGGUUCAACUCAACUUACUUCCAAUCAACUCGUCCUCGACUCUUCCGUUCCCGGCAUUGAAGUCUAAACCCCUCAUAAAUCCCGGAUAUCAAGAAGCCCAUCAAUUUUACAACGAAAUGCGUGCCCAUUUUGCCAACAAAGCAUAUAGUGGUGUUGCAAAUGCGGAACUCAUUGUUGUAAAGGUUUGGAUGAUGAUGCGGGUUCCAAACCGCAAAUCUCCUGCCCCCGUUUCUGAUAUCUUCGAAGCCCUUUCGGACAUUCCGGUCCAUAUUGGUGCUAGUGAUCUCAAGUGGGUGCUAUACCACGCACUCCUCCCUCACUAUGUCAAGUGGUCGAAAGGCUUCCCUCUCCAUCCAGAUGAGUGUCAAAUUCGAAACAAACACUGGGUUGAGCUUGUUCCCAAACAGCCAGACGUUGAUGCGGUGGCAGAUCAUUUUUUUACUUCCAAGGGGAAGAACAAGGCAAAGGUCUUUGCGCCGAAACAAGGCAUUGAGCUUUAUCUUGCCAUCACCCAUGAGAAGUACGAUGCCAUCUUGCAACAUCUUUCUGACAUUGAAGAGGGCUAUCAAUGCAACGAGAAUGGGUCAACAAGUCUCAGUCAGGUCAUUUUACCAGCAAAGAAGAGCACUGGCAAGCGGAAAGCUCGAGAUUUUGAUACCGAGAACAUUGCGAUAGCAAACGGCGCUGAACAGGCAUCUCCACAUCCGUCGCUCGAUCAAGUCAAACAUGCUCUUCUACUCCAGCAGCCUCCAAGGAAAAAGAACAUGCGAUCACUCUUUGAAAUUAUUACGAUUACUGCGCAAUUUCUUCGACCACCGUCACGCCCAUCUUUCGCGGAGUUGGUGCAGAAUCCAGAGUUUCUCCUUCAUCCGGAGAAAUUCCCACCUCGUCAAAUGAAAUUUUCGUAUCCGCCAUCAUCGAAACCACUCCAGGGCGCGUUCAAAAUCGCUCAUUUUGGCCAUACUGACAUUCCGCUGUUUGGCAACUCCACACGAGUUUGCAUCAAGCAGACGUUCUCUACUUCAGAGAAUUCCAAGAAACCUGUCAUUUACCAAAGUCAGGUCCAGGCGGCGAACCUAAGUGUCGAGCUGAAUUGCCUGGGGUGGGCUUCCGCUCUGAUGGAUCUCGUUUAUAAGUUCAUGGAGAAAGAGGUGACUGUUCGUGGAUUGCCGGCAUUUGAGGUUCCACAAAUGCGAUAUGUCCAGGCUGGUCUCGCCAUCUCCAACGAUGCAGAAGGCAGGCAGAAUGCCUAUCUUCUCGAAGAAUUCAUUGAUUCCGAAGCCCCCGGCUGGUUCGUCAAGUAUCUAAAUAAUAACUCAGCAAAACCCUACAGAUUCAAGGACGAGGAGCGUUCUAUUCGUGCCGAGUUUCUUUCUUUUGCACAGCAUGUCCAGUUCAUAGAAACAGGUGGACGUGCUCUGCUCACAGAUCCCCAGAUCAUCACAAACCCAUGA